AUGACCAUGGAGAUUGUGAAGAAGUCGGACGAGGCGGAUUACACCAUCAAGCCGCAGGCGGUGACUCCGGCGGUUGACACGAGCUCGUGGCCGCUCCUCCUCAAGAAUUACGACAAGCCCGCUCUUUCGGACCCGACGAGAUCUGCCACGAGACAGGAUGGUGCUGACGCCGAGGCAGUGCUCGUGCGGACGGGCCAUUUCACCCCCAUUCCCAAUGGAUGCUCGCCGUUGAAGCGCGACAUCAAGUCGUACAUUUCCUCUGGUGUCAUCAACCUCGACAAGCCCUCGAAUCCGUCGAGUCACGAGGUUGUCGCCUGGGUCAAGCGCAUGCUUCGCGUCGAGAAGACUGGCCACAGCGGUACCCUCGACCCCAAGGUCACCGGCUGCUUGAUCGUCUGCAUCGACCGCGCGACCCGACUCGUCAAGUCGCAGCAAGGCGCCGGAAAAGAGUACGUCUGCGUCAUCCGCCUCCACGACAAGGUGCCCGGCGGCCAGGCCCAGUUCGCGCGCGCGCUCGAGACCCUCACCGGCGCCCUCUUCCAGCGCCCGCCGUUGAUCUCUGCCGUCAAGCGUCAGCUCCGUAUCCGAACCAUCCACGAGAGCAAGCUCAUCGAGUUCGACAACGACCGCCACCUCGGCGUCUUCUGGGUCAGCUGCGAGGCCGGCACCUACAUCCGAACGCUGUGCGUCCACCUCGGUCUCCUGCUCGGUGUCGGUGCCCACAUGCAGGAGCUGCGCCGCGUCCGCAGCGGUGCCAUGGAUGAGUCCAAGCAGCUCGUGACCCUGCACGACGUGCUGGACGCGCAGUGGAUGAUGGACAACACCCGCGACGAGUCGUACCUGCGCAAGGUCAUUUCUCCCCUCGAGACGCUCCUGACGUCCUACAAGCGCCUCGUCGUCAAGGACAGCGCCGUCAACGCCGUCUGCUACGGAGCCAAGCUCAUGCUGCCCGGUCUUUUGCGAUACGAGGCUGGCAUCGAGCAUCACGAGGAGGUUGUCUUGAUGACGACCAAGGGCGAGGCCAUCGCGCUGGCCAUUGCGCAGAUGUCGACGGUCGAGAUGUCGACGUGCGACCACGGCGUCGUGGCCAAGGUCAAGCGAUGCAUCAUGGAGCGCGACCUGUACCCCCGACGAUGGGGUCUCGGCCCCGUCGCUCUUGAGAAGAAGAAGCUCAAGGCGGACGGCAAGCUGGACAAGUACGGUCGGGCCAACGAGGCGACGCCGGCCAAGUGGGCCGCCGGCUACCAGGACUACAGCAUGCCCGACGCGACGCCCGCGACGCCCAAGAAGGCCGUCGAGGAGACGACCAAGGUGGAGACGGUGCAGGCCGAGACGCCGGUGACCGAGGACAAGAAACGCAAGAAGCACGAGGGUGAGACGCCCGACGAGAAGGCGGAGCGGAAACGACGGAAGGCGGAGAAGAAGGCGGCCAAGGCGGCCAAGAAGGCGGCCAAGGGCGAGUCGGCGGCGGACGAGGAGGACAGCGACUAA